GAAUGUAUUAAAAAUAAAGAAAUCCCAGAAGAUACCCCUCCUUAUUUUCAUGAGGCUCUUGAGAGAGCUAUUAAGGAGCAUAAUCAAGGAGUUGUAAAAGAAAAAUCAGCUUUAGAUGAAUUUGCUAAAAAACAUAUAAUAAAGGGAGAACCUGGUAUUACUCCCUUAGAGUUUUUUGGAAAUAAAAUAACUAUUCUUAAAGAUUUUCUUAGAAAUCAUCGAAAUAUCAAAGUAAAGUUUGUUUUGGUUUGUAUAAUGGAAAGAGAGGAAAUCGAUGAUAAACAUCAUCUAAAUGUUUUUUGUGGUCUAUACUUCGUUAUCUUCAUCCAAGAGAAAAGAAUGAUUGUCGUUUGAAAGAUUUAGAACAAUAUGAGCAUGAGCUUAAUAUUCCUAAGGGAUUUACUUUCCCAGUUAAAAUCAGAGACAUUACCAAAUUUGAAACUAUUAAUCCAGAUUUACCAGGUAUAAAUGUAUUUUCAGUUACUCACGACAAUAAGUUUUAUCCCCUCCGGAUGGCGUUACGUGACCCUCAAAAAUAAAUAGAUUUAUUUCUUUAUGAAGAGAAUGGAAAAUAUCAUUAUUCUCUGAUUAAAAACUUUUCUCGUCUUUUUCGGUCACAAAUCACUUAUAGAACAAAUGAGCCAAUUCAUAUUUGUAAGAGAUGUUUUACUCAUUUUACAAAAGAAGAAUUAUUACAAAAACAUAUUUUAUAUUGUUCGAAUAACGAGACAGUUUCUGUGAAAAUGCCAAAAUCAGGAUCGAUUUUACAUUUCAAAAAUCAUCACAAACAACUUCCUAUUCCUUUUGUAGCUUAUGCGGAUUUUGAGUGUUUUACCAAACCAAUGAAUACUUGCUGUCCUAAUCCAGAAGAUUCUUAUAAUUACAAUUACCAAAAACAUGAACCAUCAGGAUUUUGUAUUUUUAUUAAAGGUGUGGUUGAUAAAAAAAUCAAACCAAUUGUUUAUUCGAAAACAGAAGAAGAUGAAGAUAUAGCAAAAAUAUUCGUAGAAAAACUAACAGAAGCAACAAGAGGUAUUUAUAAUGAUUUUUAUCGUAAACCAAAACCUCUUAUACUAUCCAAAGACGAACAAAAAUUAUUUAACAAAGCUGAAUUUUGUCAUAUUUGUAACAAAGAAUUAUUGGAAGAUAAAGUUAGAGAUCAUUGUCAUUUUACAGGUCAGUACCGAGGUGCUGCUCAUAACAGUUGUAAUCUUAAUUGCAGGAAACCUUUAGUUCUUCCAGUUAUAUUUCAUAAUCUUCAAGGUUAUGAUGCUCAUUUGUUUAUAAAACAACUCGCAAGUUUACCAGGAGAUUUAAAUUGUAUUCCUUCAACAGAGGAAAAAUACAUAUCCUUUUCUAAAAAGAUUAAAGUUGAUGAGUACAGGUCUAAAAAAACUGGUCAAAUGAUGUCUUUAUAUUUUGAAAUUCGUUUCAUAGAUUCGUUUAAGUUUCUUCAAACAUCACUUGCUAAUCUUGUUUCAAAUUUACAACCGGAUGAUUUCCGUGAUACAAAACGAGAAUUUAAGAAAAAUGUAGAUCUUCUUACUCGGAAGGGAGUUUAUCCUUAUGAUUAUGUUUCAUCGCUUGAAAAACUGUCCGAAAAACAAUUACCUCCAAAAGAAGAAUUUUAUUCGAAACUAAAUGACGAAGACAUAACCGAAGAUGAUUACCAACACGCAAUAAACGUGUGGAAUACUUUUAAAUGUAAAUCAUUAAGAGAUUAUCACGAUCUUUACCUAAAGUCUGAUGUCCUACUUUUGUCAGAUGUAUUUGAAAACUUUAGAAAAACUUGUCUAAAACAUUACAAGUUAGAUCCAGCGCAUUAUUACACAUCUCCAGGUUUAGCUUGGGAUGCUUGUCUCAAAGAAACAAGGCAGGAAUUACAGUUAAUACAUGAUUAUGAUAUGUUAAUGAUGAUUGAAAAAGGUAUUUGUGGUGGAAUUACUCAUAUAUCAAAAAGAUACGCAGAAGCUAAUAACAAAUAUAUGAAAUCUUACAAUCCUGAUGAGGAGUCCACAUUUAUUCAAUAUCUCGAUGCAAACAAUCUUUAUGGUUGGGCGAUGUCUCAAAAUCUUCCAACACAUGGAUUUAAUUGGAUGAGAAACCUAACAAAAGAGUCACUAAUGGAAAUUUUAGAAAAAACAAAUCAUAGUAUGUCAAAUCGUGGAAGAAAAGGAUACAUCUUUGAAGUUGAUUUGGAAUAUCCUUCAUCCUUAUGGGAAAAACAUAAUGACUAUCCUCUAGCACCUGAGAAGAUGAUUGUUAAUGGAGUUGAAAAACUAAUUUGUCAUUUUAAACCAAGAAAAAACUAUGUUGUUCAUUAUCGAAAUUUAAGGCAGUAUCUUGAAAUGGGAAUGAGAAUAACUGCGGUUCAUAGAGGAAUAUCUUUUUACCAAAGACCUUGGAUGGAACCAUAUAUACGAAAGAACACAGAACUUAGAAAAACAGCAGCUAACAGUUUUGAAAAAGACUUUUUCAAACUUAUGAAUAAUUCAGUGUUUGGAAAAACAAUAGAAAAUAUACGAAAAAGACAAAAUAUAGAACUUGUUGAUGAUCGUAAGAGAGCUGCUAAACUAACAAGUCGUCCAAACUUUGAUAGGGCUACGAUAUUUGAUAAAAAUCUUAUAGCUGUUCACAUGAAAAAAACCGAAGUUUAUUUUGACAAACCAGUAUAUGUUGGUCAAGCAAUUCUUGAUUUAUCAAAAACAUUGAUGUUUGAUUUUCAUUAUAAUUACAUAAGAAAGAAAUACAAAAAUAAAGCUGAGUUAUUGUUUACUGAUACUGAUAGCCUUAUGUACCAGAUUUACACAGAUAAUUUUUACAAAGAUAUAUCUCGUGAUAUAAAAAAAAAGUUUGACACUUCUGAUUAUCCUCCCAAUCAUGAAUCUGGAAUAUUGACGGGAGUUAACAAAAAAGUAAUUGGGAUGUUUAAAGAUGAAGUAGCAGGAAAACAAAUAACUUGUUUUGUUGGAUUACGACCAAAACUUUACAGUUUUAGAAUAGAAGAGGAUAAAGAGGUAAGAAAGUGUAAAGGAAUUAAGAAAAAUGUUGUGAAAAACAAAUUAGAUUUUGAUGACUAUGUUCAAUGUUUAUUUUCGGGUAAAAAAGAAAUGAGAAAAAUGAAUAUAAUAAGAAGUGAAAAUCAUGAUAUAUAUUCAAAAGAAGUUAACAAAGUAGCUUUAAGUAAUGAAGAUGAUAAACGUAAAGUUAUUUUGGGAGAGGUAAAAACAUUAGCUUUAAGAUAA